AUGAAGGCCUGUUCAUCUGCCUCCUCCUCCUCCUCCUCAUUAGCUCCAUUCUUUCCUCCAAAUGAUCAGCUGGCCUCAUCGUCAUGCAAUGAGUACAAGUCGCUUCUUGGCCCACCUGUCGACCGAUACCGUUCACUCGGCAGACGUUCCGGCUCGAGUUUUUCUCUCGCCUCCUCUUCCCCUUCGAAUAGGGCUCUUAGUCCGGCCGCCGAUUCCCAGCAUUCAAGAUCGCCUCCCAGCCACCAAAGGCCACGAGGACUGCUUCUCGGCUCCAUUAGUCGAUCUGGACCUGGAGUUAACGCAAUUGCCGGCCGCAGUGAGCUUAGCGAACGCCACUGCACUCCACAACGGAACCUCAGUGGACAUCUGUACGUCGGCAACCGUGCCAAUGCUGAUCAUUUCACCAACUGUGCGGCAAGCCCUAACAGCCUCGUCAGUUCUCAUCUCAGUUCCAGUGAGCGGAUGACAGAUUUGUCUCAGGUUCGCGAAGAGACUGAAUGGGAACAGUGCUCUUCCCAUCAGGACAAGGUGCGAUUCGUGCGAAUGCGCAACACGAAUGAACGCAACCGACUGGCCGCGGUGCACUCUAGCCUCGAUAAGCAAUUGGAACGAGAACUGCACCGACUUAGUCUGAAGAAAGCUGAAUUCCUCGAUGUCUUGGAACAACUUAGGCAGCACAGGCCAAACCGACCUGGCCAGAGGUUGUCUGGUCAUCAGCGGACUCUUGCCCGAUCUCAAACGAGACUACGUGAUAUCCACUCGGAUACAAGAGCAAAAACCGUUUCCGACCUGGCCAUUGGAAGUUCUAACUCGUCUAGUUUGGAGGCUGGCAGGGAGUACAACGACUGCCUUGGGCUAGAGACCGUGCGCAGCUGGCUGCAGGUGACUCGAUCCAACGAUCCUCGAGUUAGAAGUGGCAACACAAGCUGUCGGAAUUCUACUCGUGUUGAUAAAUUGCCCGGGCAAGAAGUCGCUGCUGCAAUAAAACAGACAAUUAACAGAGUUAAUAAAGCCAAUUCUGCGACGAACUCGACUUCUGACUUGCUUGGGGAGGAGAAGAGAAAAGUGCCAGAUCAAUUCGUCCAAGCCAGGCACAGUCAACUUGGCUCGAAAUGA